AUGAGCUUGUUCCUGGGGGACGGGAAGAUCCUGACUCUGCUGGCCGCUUGUCGACAUGCCCCGAGGGUAGGCCUCUCCAGGGUCAUCAGUGGUCUUGCCUGCUCCACUAGUCUCUCUGAUCGUCAUACAAGAUUUUGGUCUUGUGCAUCUCCACGUGAUCUUCUUGCAAAAGAGUCUCUACCAUUUUACCUCUCCUGGGAACAAUCGAGGAGUCCCCUUGCCGUUUCCUGCAGGGAUUUCCAUCAGGAUGCGAAACCGGGUGGGGAGGGGGACCAGGUCUCCAAGGGCAAGGAGGAAGAGAAAACCCCAGCCAAGAAGCCAGGGCUUGUUCAGAGGUUCAAGCAGAUGUACAAGGACUAUUGGUAUAUUCUUGUGCCUGUGCAUUGUGUCACGUCUGCCAUCUGGUUUGGCUCUUUCUACGUCAUCGCCACAACAGGGAUCGACUUGGCUGGGCUGUUUGAGACCUGGGGAGUGACGGAGCGCAUCGUGGACAUGCUGAGGAACUCGAAGGCUGGUUAUUUUGCCAUCGCCUACACCCUCUACAAAAUCUUCACUCCCCUGAGAUACAUGGUCACAAUAGGCGGUACCACACUAUCCAUCAACUACUUGAUGAAGUGGGGUUACAUCAAGCCAGUGCCAUCAAAGGAAGAGCUCCGCGUGAUGUAUCAUGACAAACGGGAGGAGUGGAACACUUUCGUCGAGGACAAGAAGGGGGAGUGGGAGGAGCGCCGGCAGCGAUUCUGGAAGAUACGGAGGCUGUGGAAGAAGUCGAGGUGAAGCCAUCAUCUGAAUCCACAUGGGAAGAAGCUCCAGGUCCCAUGGUCUCAUAGCCAGUGAUGUUCAAGAGAGAGGCCAUGUAUCGGCUUGUACGUAUGUGUUCCCGAGAAAAGGAAAUCCCCAGGGUUUCAUCGUGUGUCCCUCUUGAACUGUGUUUUUUAUGAUGAAUUUGUGAAAUCUGACUAGUGGGUGCUUAGUGAUGUCUGGUCCUACAAUGAAGAUUUCUCCUUCAUUGAAGUCACAAAUCUUGUUUAAUUUUUGUAAGACUGUGAAUACAUUGAAAGGGUAAAAAUUCAAGAAUGUGGAACUCCAUGCAGUCUCAG